CGGGUUUCUCUCCGCCCAUGCAUAUUAUGAGAAUUCAUGGUCGGUAUCCCACCAAUGUGUAAGCCAGACUCUUUCCCAUUGGCUGGCUGCUACCUGGGCAUGAGAAUCUUAGUGGAUAUAACGGGCAGCAGGCACCGACCGAGCCAGGUGGAGAAUGUCUUUCUCUUAUUCCCGGCCGCGCAGCGGCUCUCUGUCGGCUGGCUCCGUGCGCCUCCUUCCCGGCUCUUCCGCUGGCUCCGUGCGCGGCAGCUCCAGCGGUUCAGACUCUUGGUUCUCCUUGUCUCGGCUGCACGCGGUGCUCCCGGCGGCGCGAGCCAGCGCAGAUGUGGCUCCCAUCUUGUUGGGCCCGGGCCGGCAGCAGGUGGCGCUGCAGAGCUUGAACGAACGCCUGGCCGGUUACCUGCAGCGGGUGCGUGGGCUGGAGGCGGCCAACCGAGCCCUGGAAGAGGAGAUCGCCGCCAUCCGAGCUCGCAGGGCUGGGGCAACCGGGCAUAAAGACUGGGAAGCCUGCGAGCGGCCCCUGGCCGAGCUGCGCAAGCAGGUGGAAGAUCUCAAUUUGGAGAACAUCAGGCUGCUUCUACAAAUCGAUAAUGCCAGACUGGCAGCUGAUGACUUCAAGCAUAAGCUGGAUGCAGAGCAGGCUGUGUGUGACAGUGUGCAGAAGGACACACAAGGCUUGCGCAAAAUGAUUGAUGACACCAACUUCUUGCGCUUGAAGCUGGAAGGGGACCUGGAGUCCCUCCGAGAGGAACUAGCCCACUUACGCAAAAGCCACAACGAGGAGGUAGAGGCUCUCAAUGGUCUGAUUGCCAAAUCUGACAUCAGAGUGCAGGUGGAUAAUCCACAGAAGCAUGACCUGAGUGAGAGCAUCGCUGAGAUCCGCAACCAGUAUGAGAGAGUGGCUCAGCAGAACCGUGCGGAUGCUGAGGACUGGUACAAAGCCAAGUUUGACUCCCUGUCUGAAGAAACAGAUGUGAACACCCAAGCACUGGAAGAAGCCAAAAGUGAACUGAUGGAGCUCCGUCGGCAGUUGCAAGGUCUGGAGAUUGAACGCCAGACUCUGCAGAAAAUGAUAGACACGCUGGAGAACACCUUGAAGAACACAGGAGACCACUAUCACAGUAACAUGGCUGAUCUCAACCAUGUCAUCACCAAGCUGCAAGAUGAUCUGGCAUCCUGCCGCACUGACUUGGAGAGGCAGGCCAGAGAGUAUGAGGCCCUGCUAGACCUCAAGACCAGGCUCGAGAAUGAGAUUGAACACUACCGUAGCUUGAUCAAUGGGGCAACAGAUAGAGAGGAGUUGCUGAGGACAGGCAAAGCAGACACCAGGCGACAGACAAUUAAGAAGGUGGUGGUCACCACACAAGAAAUUGUGGAUGGGCGAGUGGUGGUACAGAGAUCUGAGGAAGUGAUUCGGUAACUUCUCUAGUGUGUUUUGCUAAUCCCUGUAUCAAUUUCUUUUACUGCUGAAU